GCUCCUCAAGUCCAUAAAAGUGCCACCUGGGUCGGAUCACUCAGCAAACUGACGGCAGAAUCCGCCGCUGGACCAGACUCAGUCCAGAUUCUGCUUCACGGCUGAAGAACACAGAACCGACAUGGGUUCGACAGUGGCUUUCUGCUGUGCCUCAGCGUUUCUGAUCCUGGGUUUCGGUUCGGCUGCCGAAGUGCAUGACUCGGUUGACAAAUACAACAUGGAGCAGCGUGAAGUCACCUUUGACCUUGAUGAAAUCAUGCAAGAGAUGCAAAAGCCAGAUUCUUUCAUGUUACAGAAAGAGUUGGACUUAUCAGAUCUGCUGAACGCUGAAGGAGACCUUGCAGUGAAGCAGCCAAUGUUUAUGCCGGACAGACCGGACGUCCCGGCGAGAUGCCCAGGAUGCCCUGAACGAGCAGCCGCCCCCCCUCGUGGACGUUUCGGACCCCGUUCUUUCCCUCCCAUAGAAGACCAUCGUGUUCAGUUUCCUCUUGCCAGACCUACUCCAGACAAUCUCCAGGCCAUCUGUCAACAUGCAGACUAUCGGCCCAAUUAUCCGGAGUCCUACUUUCCGGCCUCUGGAUUUGGGUACUUGAAAAGAGAAGCUGAUGCUGUCAACAAUGCUGAGUCCUGGUUUCGUGCUUGCUGCAAAGAGAACCAAACACAGAAUGAGGAAACGACACUCUGUUGCGCUAUUCAAGCUUGGGAGCUGUCCAUCCAAUCAUUCUGUGAGGAAAGCUCGAGCGUGAAGGAUCGACAGUACAAGUGCUGCAGACUGAGGGGCAGUGCCAGGGCGCAGUGUGUCAACCGUGAUGCUGUGAAUCCCAACUACGAGCCAACUACAGAGCUGCCUGUAGAUCCUGUUCCCUCUGCACUUGAAUUCACCUUCGACCCCGACUCAUGCGGCAGGACAUUGAUGACUCAGUUCAGUGUCAGAGCACACAGAGGACAGAAGAAGACGCCAAAAUCCACCACGAAAAUUGACAUCACCUUCCCUCCCGGACGCCCAACAGUAGAAUCCGUUCAGUCCCUUUGUGAGAACCAGAAGCUGCGUCCACGCUAUAGUGUCAAAUGUCUGCCAAAUACUGGCUAUGAAUAUCUGGCCCGACAGGCAAAGACCAUCAAUCGCUUAGAGAAGGGGUUCAAACAGUGUUGCAAAAAGAAGCAGGGCUCUCUGAAUUGUGCUGAGAAAAAGUGGAGGGACGAGCUUAACAGAUUUUGCUCCAAUAAGAAUGGCCCGAAGGCUGAUUUCCAGUGUUGUACAAGCGGUGAAGCAGCUGAUCGGCUCGAGUGUUUUCAGAAGAUUUCUCCCGACCCACUUUACAACAUGACUGCACCCACUGAGGAGGUGUCUCUGGCCAGCGUGUGUGUUGCCCGCAAGAUGGUCAGAAAAAUGUUUUUUAUCAAGAGCUUUGUGAACAAAUGCUGCCCCCUGUCUUCAGAAGAGCAGAACGGCUGCAUUAUUCAGGCGCUUGAAGAAAAGUCGAGUGACAUAUGUUCAGCGAAGAAAGUUCUUCCCCCUGCUGUCCGUCGAUGCUGCCGUUUGGCUCCUCAAGAGUCCCUGCAGUGCAUCUCUAACAGUCUCCUCGAUGCCGUCUCCAAGGCAAUGAAUGGCUUGGGCCAAAAAAAGAAAAAGAUAUGCCCUAUUUCCUAAUGUCAUGGCUUAUUGCUAUGGACUUUCCUGGCACUGCAGCGUUGGUAAACCUGCUGGACAUUUGACCUUUCACCACUGAAGACAAGCUUCGGUCCAUCUUUGUGUUUUUACUAUGCAACAUAGAAAUGUUUUUCAGCGCGCAACAUUGUAAUAUUGUGAGAACAUUAGUGUUAUUCAACAUAUUAUUGUCACAGAUUGCCAAACCGCACUGUGCUUGAGGCUGAACCACUGUUACUGGGUGAUAUACGUAUCAUUUAUUAAAAGGUCUUCUUUUGUAGUGAGUUGUGUCAUAAGCAUCAUUUAUAAAAGACACAUUUCAAUGAUUAAAUGUGCAUGAUUUAGUGAUGCCGCAUUUUCACUGACCAUGAUAUGCCACAAUACCUUAAUUUGUUGUAUUCAUUCAUAUAUUUUCAAAAGGGGUUGAUAUUCACAAGUGUAACUAAAAACUUUUGAACUUUUUGUGACAACAGAAUUGUAGAAUUGACCACUGGCAAGAUGCUGAUGAAUAAAAAGCAAAGUAU